GGUCCAGGAGAGGAGCAAGACGCGUGGUGAUUGAAUGGAGUGGGAGAAUGAUCAAGGGUCGCGCUAGAUCACUCCUUCCUCACGACGGGCGUGCAUCUGCUCGCUCCUUCCCUCUCACAGCCGCUGGACCGUCUACCCCGGAGGUCCCCUUGAAGGUCGCGGCCGCCAUCGUUGUUCUCCACCUUCACUCGUUACCUGCGCUCUCUCCUUUGCAUAUCCCCCUCCCUUGUCCUGCACGGCCCAGGACUAUUGUGAUAAUGGCAAACAUGCGCAUGGACGCAAUGAGCAUACGCGACAGCGGUAACGAAUAUCUCGUCGAGAUGUCCACCCUGCAGAAUGGCAAUUACGACGUCUCGUACAUGGUCCCCCUCAAGGUCGGCACGCCUCCUCAGACGGUCUACGUCCAGGUCGACACCGGUUCCUCUGAUCUGUGGCUCGCCUCCCCUUCCUGCCAGACCUCCGCUUGCAAGUCCUCAGGGCACACCUACGACCCCUCAUCAUCAUCCUCCGCCCAGACAACUUCCGCGGACUUCUCCAUCUCCUACCUGCAGGGCCAAGUCUCCGGCGAUGUCGUCAAAGACACGGUUCGCAUCGGCCCCGCGUCGAUCAACGCCCAGGCGCUCGCUGCGGCGUCAAACGUCACGAACGAGCCUCUUGGGGACGAGUUCAACGGCGUGCUGGGUCUCGCGCUGCCGGACAACUCCCUCAUCGCGUCCAAGGACGGCGGCGGGGAUGCGGUCACGAAGGGGCUCUUCGGCGCGGAUGGUGCUCCGGGAAACAAGUUCAUCGGGAUGCUGCUGGGGCGCCCGGGGAGCGAUCGCUACCCCUCCCUCCUCGGCCUCGGUACGCAUCCCUCGCCCGAGCAACUGCGUCUGCCAGACGGCAAGGACGUCGAGUCCUCGCUCUCCUACCUCGGCUUAUCCUCAGAUGAAUCCGGAGAACUCCUCUUCAAGGUGCAGCUCGCGGGCAUCGACGCGCACCCAUCUACCGUCCAAGGCCCCGAUGCGGGGACAAACCAGAACAACCUGACAGCGGACACCGCGCUCCUCGGCGCGCCCCUCCGCGCCGUCUUCGACUCCGGCGUCCCGCUCAUCCUCACCACCUCCACCAUCGCGAACGCCGUGUACGGCGCCGUCGGCGUCGGGCCCGGCAGCGACGGCGUGUACUACCUCCCCUGCGCGACGCCGCUCAACCUCACCUUCACGCUCGCGGAGUCGGGCAGCAACGACUCGCCGCGGAUCGCCGUGCCCCUGCACCCGAGCGACAUGGUGAUCGACGGCGGCGGCGGCGGGCGGGGCGCGGGGACCGGGUCGUGCAUGGGCGCGAUACAAGCGGUCGCGGACCUGGAUAGUUCGUCGAGUAAUGGCGCGGGCGUCGAUAUCGUGCUCGGCACGCCGUUCAUGCGCAACGUUUACAGCGUGCUCGCGUACGAGAACCCGGAUGCGUGGCAUGGCCAGCGCAAGCGCGCAGGUCCAUCUGACUGGCGGCGCGAUGUGCCCACCUCGGACUGGCGUCGCGGCGUGCCCACAUCCGACUUCCGUCGAGGCGUACCCACCUCUGACUUCCGUCGUGGAGUACCCGUAUCUGACUUCCGACGUGGUGUGCCCGUAUCGGACUUCCGCCGCGAUGUGCCCACGUCGGACUGGCGUCGUGGCGGUCCCUCUGACUGGCGGCGCACCGAAGCCGGCGAGCGCCUCGCGGACUGGCGUCGUGGUGGACCUUCGGACUGGCGUCGUGGCGGACCGUCCGACUGGCGUCGCGCUGGCGACGAGGGCGACCUUCGAUUACGACGCCGACACCGCCGUGCUGACCAGCAUGAGCGCUCGUCGCCCCACCCUCGCUCCUCGCCCAAUCUGGCGCGCGCGUCCUCCGACACGCCCUUCCUCGGCAUCAUCCCGCUCACCGACCCUUCGUGGGCAGCGGUCGAGUUCGAGGCGGUGAAUGUCAAAGGCAUGGCCUACCCCGACCCCGACGCGGCUGAUUCUGGGGACCUGAACGCAGUGGGAGCGGCGAGUGGUGAUGGCGGCGGACUCGCGCUUGGAGUGAAGAUCUUCCUGGGCAUCCUCGGUUUCUUCAUCCUUUGCGCCCUGCUCCUUGGAGGACGCUUCUUCUACAUGCGUCGCAAGGCGCAGAAAGCGACGCCCGCAGAAAAGGCCGCCGAGGAGGCGAAAGAGACGCAACGCAUCGAAAGCUGGAGGUCGUCCGCGGAGCUGAUCAAGGACAAGCAACAGUUCCAGGACAUCAACGGUGUUCGCCUGGACUGAAUGUCUCUCGACUCACGCUGACUCCCGCGCUCCGCUUCGUGAUUGAGACGGUGGGAUUGUAGAAAAUCGGCUGUGCAACCUGGUAUGGGCGCUGCUCCCGUGAGCUACAACGUGAUGAGCAUACCCGAAGCCUGGUCGCGUAUCGGCCAGGCUUCAUUGUUGUACUGUAGAUUAUCUCUGGACUUUACUUCGCUACUCGAGGACUUUUAUACAAUCUGGACGCUUUGCGAUGGAGGAAGAUUGACUUUGACCGUGU